GGAGGGAGCAACCGGAGGAGACAGACACUUCUUCCCUGCUGCUGGAGUGGAGCACCAAGGAGAAUCACUGUUGCCCCAGGGACGAAGGUAAUUGAGAAAUACAUUGCUCCAGUGCCUACAUAUGUAGGCAAAGGAGAUUUUCCUGGAAAUGUGAAGAAAACUGUGAUCCUAAUCCUGGUCCCAAAGAGGGUAAAUUUAACACUCCAAAUAUUCCCCGUGUUGGAGGAUCAGGACCAUCAUGUACAUGGCUGAAGAUUCCCUUGUGUUAUGUGUCUAUAUUACACGAGAAAAAGAACCUUCCAAAGAAAAGUUUGCAGCAAAUCGACACAGUUCCUGUCUCUUUGAUGAACCAUCUCAAGUGGUGCUGGCAGCAUGGAGCGGGCCGAGAGUGAACUGCUAGAGACCCUGGAAGAGCUGGGAGAAGGGGAGCUGCAGAGAUUCAAGGACAAACUGAGUGAAAUCCAGCCGAAGGAGGGAUACCAACAUCUCCCCUCUGGGAGCCUAAGAAAUGCAGAUCCCCUAGCCCUCACGGACCUGCUCCUCCUCUUCUAUGGGACGGACGAUGGGGCGGAGGUGGCUGCGGAGGUGCUGAGAGCCAUCGACCAGGGAGCCCUAGCAGAGAGAAUCGAGAGAUUCAUUCAUUCACUGGAAUAUGAGAAAUAUGAUUUCGAGUGCCACCUGUAUCAGCUGCAGCAGCAUCACUUCGCGAGAGGAGGUUUCAAGUAUGUGGAAUGCACACUGAACGAUGAGCAGUACCAGACAAUCAGAUCUGAGAAAACCAGCCAGGAGAAGAUGCGGAAGCUGUACGAGCUGGUGCCGGGCUGGCGCAAAUGGCAGAAGGACCGGCUCUACCAGGCACUGAGGGAAACAAACAGAGACCUGGUUGAAGAGCUGGAGGGGGGACACUUUGUUGACCGUCACCGAGAGAAGCUGAUUCAGAGAGUCCCAGAAGUGGACAGAGUCCUGAAGCUACUUCGGGGGCACACGCUAACCCCUGAGCAAUACCAGAGCAUCAGCGCCAGGAGAUCCAAUGUGGAGAAAAUGCAGAAGCUGUAUGAGCUGGUGCAGAGCUGGGGGAGGGAACAAAAGGACCAGCUCUACCAAGUGCUGUGGAUAACAAACAGAGCCCUUGUUGAUGAGCUUGAAGGGGAACAUUUCGUGGAUUGGAGCCGGGAGCAGCUGAUUCAACGUGUCUCCUCUGUUGAUGCCAUCCUAGAUGUGCUUCAUAGGGUCAAGCCGCAACAGGAAAUGCAGAUGCCAGAGCUACAGUCUCCCAAUUGGCUUAAAAAACCAUUGAAGGCACAUACUGGCAGGGAUGGACUCCUCCAGGAUCGGCCGUACAUACUAAACGAUGAGCAGUACCAGACAAUCAGAGCUGAGAAAACCAGCCAGGAGAAGAUGUGGAAGCUGUACAAGCUGGUGCCGAGCUGGGACGAACGGCAGAAGGACCGGCUCUACCAGGCACUGAAGAGAACAAACAGACACCUGGUUGAAGAGCUGGAGGGGGGACACUUUGUUGACCGGCACCGAGAGAAGCUGAUCCAGAGAGUCCCAGAAGUGGACAGAGUCCUGAAGCUACUUAGGGGGAACACGCUAACCCCUGAGCAAUACCAGAGCAUCAGCGCCGGGAGAUCCAAUGUGGAGAAAAUGCAGAAGCUGUAUGAGCUGGUGCCGAGCUGGGGGAGGGUGCAAAAGGACUGGCUCUACCGGGCUGUGUCGAUAACAAACAGAGCCCUUGUUGAGGAGUUUGCAGGCUCAAUGAAGAACCAGGGCCCCGUGUAUCACGCCUCCAAGGCUCACACUAUGCACCUGGGUGUGGGUACCCGAGCGCAGAAGCCGUCCACCAGCACCAGCCCUGGAGCUACACGGGAACAUUUUGUGGAGCGGCAUCGGGAGCAGCUGAUUCAACGCGCCUCUUCAGUUGACACAACCCUAGAUGUGCUGAAGCGGAGCCAUUACAUUUUGGAACAGAAGAGUUUGUUCCUGGCGCAAAAGGCAGCAAACGAAAGCCUCAAUGAAGAGCCAGAGGCAUCAAAGCGACGUACUGGCAGGGGUGGACGACUCCGGAAUCGGCCGCACAUACUGAACGAUGAACAAUAUCAGAUGAUCAGAGCUGAGAAAACCAGCCAGGAGAAGAUGCGGAAGCUGUACGAGCUGGUGCCGAGCUGGGGCAAACGGCAGAAGGACCGGCUCUACGAGGUGCUGAAGAAAACAAACAGAGGCCUGGUUGAAAAGCUAAAGGGUGCAAGUACCCCGGCUCAGAUGCCGUCCACCAGCACCAGCCCUGGAGCUACAUGGGAACAUUUUGUGGAGCGGUACCGGGAGAAGCUGAUUCGACGCGCCUCUUCAGUUGACAGAAUCCUGCAUAUGCUUCAUCGGCGUGUACGGUCUGAUUUUCUACUCCGAAGGUCUCGACAAGCGCCCAGAUUUCUUCCCGCACAAGAGCUGAAGCUAACCCAUGACACGUGGCACCAGGACCAGCCGUACCUAGCGCUGAAGGCAACAAGCGAAAGCCUCACUGAAGAGCCAGAGGGAUUCACCAGUAAAGAGACUGAAUCCGACUCUAGUUCUGCUGCAGCGAUGAAGGCGGCAGGAGGGAUCAUCUGUCAACAGACUCUCCUACCCUCCAUUGGUUCUGUGGCAGGAUCUGCAGGUGAGACCAGCCGGCGUCAGAGUCUCACUGCCUUCCUCAGGGGACAGCACAAAUGUAACUGGUGUGCCAGAGAGGAGGAGGAUCCUCCAGAAGAAAUACAGCCUGAGACUGUCCGAGGCCCAGAUGGGAAGCAGGAGACAUACAGGGUUCAUUUCCCCAGGGCAGGCUCAUUCCGUUGCUCUGAAACAGAACUGGGGCUCGAGGUGAGGGCAGCCGUGACUGUCCACUAUGGAUAUGACUCCUGGGAUCAGCAUCUGAGCGCAUCUGGCAGCAAUGGAUGGUAGCCGGCCCUUUGUUCACCGUCUGGGUGGUGGAACCAGCUGAGGCCGGGGCUGUGGCAGCCGUUCACCUCCCACACUUCCUGUGCCUUGCAGGAGCAGAAGUUGAUGUUUCUCAGCUUCAAGUUGCCCAUUUUGUUGACUGUGGGAUGACCCUGGAAAGUCCAACGCGGGUGAGGCCGUUCCAUGCUGUGCUGGAGAACCCCAGCUUCUCUCCAAUUGGACUG